AUGAUGUUCUUCGACGGAGAUCUGCAGUCAGGCAUCGCUCUAGCUUUGAGCGAAUCCAAGUCCGUGGCUUGCUUUGUCAAGGGUGAUGAUGAACAAAGCUCCCUAUGGGAAAAAGACUUCUUGAAGGAUGAGCAGAUCACCACUGCUUUGACAACGAAGGCCAUCACAGUCCUCAUCAAUGGCGGAUCACAAGAAGCUCAACAUCUCGCAGCAUACUACCCUGUUCCAGUCUUACCCGCCUUCAUCAUAAUAAAUAAUGGCCAACUUGCCCUUGAUCUUCGAGCUGGAGAAGAAAAAAAUGAGUUCAAAGCUGCAAUCUUGAGGGUUUUAACCUCCAGAUCGCCUCAGCCUCAACAUACAACUGUCUCGCCAACACCUGCCUCAGACCCAUCCAUAACACAACACACCUUAGAUCAAACUGUUCCUUGGGCUCCAACACUUGCUACAAGGUCAUCUUCAGCUCAAUUCUCCUCAGAUGAGCCUGACACGUCGCAUGAAGCCGGUAGCCUUGGCCCAGCUUCUCCACCUCCUUCACUUCAGUCGACCACGCUCAACUCUGACCCUAACAACUCGCCGUCCGCAGCUCGCAACACAGCCGAUCACGUAAACAUGCCCCCAUCACGCAACCAAAACGUGGACCCCACAGCCGCUGUUCCCUCAAAUGCGAUUCAGUCCACGGCACCUUCUUCAGCCUCUCCUGGCGGCCAGCCCUCCCAAACCGUGCAGAACUUACUUGCGGAUCGCCGUCGUAGACUGGAAAUAGACAAAAAGGGAAAGGAUGCUGCUGAGAAGUCAGAGCGGAAAGCCAAAGCAGAGGCUCGAAAAGAAGCUAUGGUUGUCGCUCCGGACUCGGCUAAGGCUAAUCAAGCUACGUAUGCAGCACAGCAGAGGAAACGACAACAGGAAGCGAAGCUGGAACGCGAGAGAAUCUUGAGGCAGAUCGAGCACGACAAAGCUGAGCGUAAGGAGAAAGAAGAGCGUCGCAGAGCAAUCGCCAAGGCAGAAUCAGAAGGGACUGAUGGGGCUGGUGGACUUGUUGACCAGCAGUUGGCGAGUGAAGUCAACUUUUCGAAACCAACCAGAUCUAAAGAAUGCGCCGUACAAGUUCGGUUAUUUGACGGAAGCACAGUUCGGAGCAGAUUCCCUUCUGAUCAGACACUGCGAGGGAAUGUCCGGCCCUGGAUAGAUCAACAAAAGAUUGACGACGUGCCCUACACGUUUAAGCAAGUUUUGACGCCAAUGCCAAACCGGACGUUGUCUAUUUCAGAAGAGGAAGAGAGCUUGCAGUCUCUUGGACUUACUCCUAGUGCCACUCUUGUCAUAGUCCCAGUCCAGGGCUAUACAGCUGCUUACAGCGGUGGGCAAAGUAUCGUUUCGAAAGGGGCCUCAGCUGGUUACAACGUAGUAUCUGCCGGUGCUGGUGUUAUUACCGGAGCCCUUGGAACACUCCUAGGACUCGGGCGGGCAACGGCCCAUGAUGCUACAAUGCAAGGGAACCACGAAGCGGGCGCAACAGGGACAGGUGUCAACAUUCGCACUUUUCGAGAUGAGCGAGACGACCAAGACAAUCACCAGCUAUACAAUGGCAAUCAGUUGAACUUUGAGCCACAACGAGAUUCAAGGGACAAAGACGAAUGA